AUGGAUGCCAUUUUAGAUUGCGUUGAUGAAAUAGCAUUGGAUGGUCUGGACGGUAAGUAUUUCAGCUUAACUUCGUAAUUCAGCUCAGAUGCGAUGAAAAUCCUCCACAUGAUUCUGGGGUAGCACUGAAAGUACUUUUGGUUAUCCUGCCGAGAGAGUUCCUCCAUUUGGCGGUAAAUUUUAUACUGACCCUACAUGUUUUAUUUCGUUUAGCGUUUGCCUCGAUGUAUCUUUCUCGCCCUUAUGCAAUGUGUAGAGGACAGGUGAUUAACGUCAAUCAAUUUCUGUGCACGGGUUAAUUGUUCAACCGAAAAACAAGUUGUUUCCUACGUUACCUUUUGGAAAGAUAGUGGUUACCAUUCCAUAUGUAGCAUGCUUAUGUCUAGGAGAGGUCAGCACAAAGAAAGGUGCAAAGACAAGAAAGUUCCUUAUUAGUGAAUUAUGUUCUUACAGGUUGUCCUAUACAGGAGCUGUGGAAGCACCUAGAAAAAAGAAGACCAUCAUUUCCUUUACCACUUGAUGAAAAUACAAAGCAGUUCUUAUGGAAGGGAAUCACAAAAUUCCACGAUGUUGACUUUUUUGCCCUUCCAGAGCCUUUUCCUCACAUAUUUGGCAAUAGUCAUGAAGAGGGGAGUGAAGAUAAGGAUGCAAACCCUGAGCAAAAGAGCUCUCUUGAUCAGGUAUCAAAAUAUAUAAAAUUCUGCAUUGUUUCACGUCAUGGUAUAUAUCUGCAGCAGCACAGCUGGGCAGGAAUCGUGUUUGUUUUCACUUUUUUGAUCAGUGAAUAAAUAUUAAUGAAAAAGAUGUCUUUGCAGUACAUUUCACCUGCAGUAGUCAGCACUGAUUAGAAGCAAAAGCAAGUAAAAAGAUUUUAUUUGUCAUUCCUCAUGUAAGGCUGCAGUUGCUCAAUAGGACUGUGUUGCCAGACUGAAUCUUAGCCCUAUAACUUCCAUGAGUGACCAAGAAAGAAUUUUUCCUUCUGGUAACAAUAAAAUAUUGAGCAGAAAGUGAUGAGAAUAAAGAAAAAUAUCAACAAGCAGAUUAUUAGUUGGUCAAUUAGCAACUUCUCCAAGGUAACUUUACAAGAAUUGUUAGACAGACAGUAAGGAGAAUUACUAAUGAGAUCUUGGGAGUGAAAAGAUUAUGAUCUUAAUUGCACUAAUUACUUUUAUCUAGUUACCUUAGUUAUGUGACCAUGAAUAUCUUUUCAGUUUCCAGGGCCACUUAGAUACAGUUGUGAGUUUAAGCUCAUUUCGGACCAAGAAAGUGGAAUAAGAGGUUCCUGUCCAAGUUAUCAUGUGCGCAAGAAUAUAUCAGAGGAGAUAAGAGGUUCUUUGAAUAGAGAUUGUUUAGACUUAAAGACUGCUUACGAAAGGUAUGUCAUUACUGUUGGUGGAUUUUGCCAAAAAAUUCAUAAAAUGCUAUUUGAAAUUCUCUGUUUGAAUUUAGGCAAUGAUUAAUUUUACAAAAAGAAUGGACCUGAAAAGCUUUUUGAUCUUUACUAUAGAGUAAAAUAAAACUAUUCUUAAAUACUGAAAGCACUCCCUGCAUACUGAUAAGUUACUGUAACACUGUAAUUAAAAUCCAUUUACCAGUUGCCAUGUUCUAUUAAAAUUUUAUUUACAAGAGAAAGGGUAUUUGAACUUUACUCAUUUUCUAUAACAAACUUGCUUUACUAUAAAAUUUUUGUAAUGUCUCAACAAAAACACAUGAAAUCAUCCUGUUUAUUUCUUUCACAAAGAAGCUGUGGCUCAAGCUGUUUGGGUGGAUUUCGAUCAUUUCUGGAAAGAUUAGAAAUGCUGGUGGGAUGAAACUCAGUGUGAUUGUGUGGAUAUUUUUAUUUUUAAUGUUUGCAGGUGGGGAGACUGUCUUGUUAUGGUUGCCUCUCAGGAAGUGAGGGAAAAAGCCAUCCUUGGAUUGGAUUGUGAUCCAAAUGUUCCACUGUCAGACAUACAGUACUGUUUGUUGGAGCAUGUUGGACAAGCAAGAUAUAAUGGACGCAUGCAGAAAUACAUCAGCUCUAAUUUCUUUAAGGUUGAAUCAAGGACAACAUUUCAUCAUCUGAAAAUUUUGCGCAAAGCUCAUUUAGUAACUAUGCAGGUAAAGUAUAGUACACAGGCAUACAGUCUCAGUAGUCAAUUUUUUAUAACAAUGGCUGUACAUAUUAUACAUAUUUGUGAUAGAUCAGUAGACAACCUCUAGGCCAACUGUGAUUGGAAAAGGUUUUGAAAUUGAUAUAAGACUUAAAGUGGGGUUUCCCUUCUCAAAUAAAAAUUGAUGUAAUUCUUGUAAUUUUUCCACUGCAUGUUUUAUGCCAUUUUAUCAUAUUUGGUUAGUGAAACAUGCCAUUUAUGCUUCUCUUUAACACUGUAAAACAAGGCAAAAAUACCAACAGAAAAUGGCCAUAUUGGACAAUCCUAGUUAUUAGUUACUAAUAAAUCCACCUUUCUAAAGGUUAAGCAUGAAGCAGAGCCCUAGUCAAUCAUAUGGUUUGGAAGUAAAUAAAGUUUGGGAGUGCAAUAUUGUUGACAUCACCUUUUCUCACCCCUUAUCUGUGUUUUAUCAAUCUUGUGUUGGGGUUCUAAACAGUCUCUUGGGUGUAGUAGACUGAUGAAACACCUGUCUAGACAAUCAACUGUCAUUCCUCAUACUGAAAUCUAUCUUUUUGAUAGGUAUUACUGAUUCAUUAAUGAAAGCAACUUAUAUUUUUUUAUUGUAAAUUGUUGAGCUUGCAAUCUUAAUCUUAAUUUUUCUAGAAUGUUGUUGUUAGUACAACUGAUCCUGUGAAGAAUGUGAGUAAUGCCAUUACCAAUGUGGUGAGAUUAAAAAGAUUCCAUGUACAAGAGCACCACAAGUAUGAUGUGCUGGCAUCUAGACUGUGCAAGCUGUUAUUAGAUUCACCAAAUCAGGAAUUGCCGUUGAUUGAGAUUCAAGAACAUUUUGUAAGUAAAAUUGUUUUUUAUUCUGGAAGAUAGUAUGUUACUGUAAAAAACAGUUGAAAGGAAAUAGCCACUUGUUCAUGGAUUCUAAGCAUCCUAAGUCUCUGCAAUGGUCUUGAGUGAUUCAAGGUAAAUCAGGCUGUGAAUGUCACUGGGAUGAGGGAAAGAUGUUACAGUGUCAUUCUUCAGUUGUUAGCAAUCAACUAUUGCCAGGCUCCAUUUAUAUUGGAGUUAAUCUCUGGAGAAUUUGGAACACUUCUAGUUCUUCUUGACUGUUUAGUGGAACACCCAACAGGCAUCAGGCAUGUGUAAUUUGUUGGAACUGUAGGCACUUCCAGUGUAUGACUAGUUAUAUAAAUGCAGUAGAAAAAUUUCAUGUGUCCUGUGUUGUGCACGCAAAUACAUGUGCAGCUGUACUUUGAUUCAUCUUUUGUCAUUCACUGCAUAUAUAUGUCAGUAUUCUUUCACACAAAGACAAUCACUGAGGGAAAUUUGGUACUAUACUUGUCUUUAUAAUUCUUAAAUGCAUUCUUGGAAGGAAAAAUGUAAAGUCACUGUAGAAUAUUCAAAAUUUAUUUGUUUAAAAAAUUGGCCUUUGGUUGAUUUGUAUUGGUGGAUUUCUUUAAAAUAAUUCAAAAUGUUAGUUUUCAUGAGCAAUGUGAAGGUCUUACUGAACAGCUUCUAAGCACUCUAGCAAUGUAGUAUAAUAUCCCCAAGUGCAGGGAAGGAGUUGAAAUAGUCCUCUGAGGAAAAAUCAAGGAAGUAAUGUCACCAUUAUUGUGUGACAAAGUUAUUUGAUGAUGACCUGGAAUGAAGAAAGUGUGUUAUUUACCAGUAAGUUUUCCUUUUGUCCUCCAUCAAUAGACUGAAUUAAGGAAAAAGGGCCUGAGGAAAGUACGGCAGUUUUUAGUACAGGCAGGAUAUGCUGUGGAAGAAAAAAUUGGAGCAUCUCCUGAUGGAGCAGAUGGCAAUGACUGCAGUCCACCAAAAAAGAGGAAAAGGAAAAAUGAAAAAUCAUCUGCAAUCCCUAAUGUUCACACAACAAAAAUGCGACUUCUCAAACCUUUUAUUUUGAAAACCAGUAACAUUCAGAAGCCAGAUGGUGGGGAAAAUGAUGAAGAUGAUGAUGAUGAUGAAAAUGAUGAUGAUGAUGAUGAUGGUGAUAAUGAUGAUGAGGAACAGAAUGUUGAAGGAGAUGACUCUUUGCAAAGUGAUGGUAUGAUAAGGAAGAACUGGUGUAUAAUAAGCAAUAAUUUGUAUUAAAUUUUUCCAUGAUAGCACGAAUUAUAAAAACCAAGGCCUAAAAAAACUGAGGCCUGAGAAGUGGAAGACUGUUGCAGGUAACACAGACACGAGGUUUGUUAUACAUUUUCUAAACAAUCUGCAAAAGAAGACACUUUUUGUGAAUUUUUUUUUGUUCAGUGUCAUACUCAGCAUAAUCAUUGUCAUUUUGUAAGGCCCCUAAUUUCUGAAGUGGGGGUGGGGGUGGGGGUGAGAUGGGGUGUUGAUUCAUUUUGCUCAGAAGUUCCAUCAAUACUAACUGCAACAUGUUGCAAUAUACAUGGUAUUUAAAUGAACACAGACCAGCUUUGUAUUUCCUACUUCUGAGAAAUAAUUUUAUUUUGUUUUCCUUUUCUUCUAGAUUAUGAGUCAAAUAUUAUUGCUGAGAGACCUUUGAUAACUCAGGUUUACAAGAUUAUUGAACAGGCAGGACCACAUGGAUUGACUCUGUCAGUAAGUCAGGGUUGGAGAACUUUAAAUCAGUUUUAAUACUGUAAUACAGACAGACCUGGAUUAUCCAGACUCUUGGAGACUGGGCUUAAUAGUCUGGUUGAGAGUCUCAUUGAGAGUCCGCAUUACAAUGUACAUGUACCUGUAUGUGUGGGGUUGUUUCAUGGUGUGCAGUAAAUUUUACAGUUGAUGUUUGCAAAUAUAUAGAAUGAAAUUAAAUUCAAUGCUCACUUGGAUAUACUUAGAGUACGUAGAGUAAAUAUAUCUAUAUAAAAUACAUAUGUAAACUCAUAGACAGUUACAGUAUAUUCCUUAUAUUCCAAUAAUGCUUUACUUCUUUUCAGCAAUAUCGUAGAGCUUGCAAGCUUCCCUUUGCUGAUGUCAGAGCUUUUGUUAAGAAUUUAAAGAAAAAGAAUUUAGUCCAUGAGGUUCAUCAAGCUGUAAAAAAGCAAACAGUUGCCUGGUAAAUAUCUGGUAUUAACUAUUUAUUGCAAAUUCAAAAUUGAAUUGCUUUAUGCUAACAAAUUGGUAAAAAUUUAUGUUCAAUUAAUAGGAAGGUUUUUCCAAUGCUGUGAAGAUUUUAUCAGGUCACUUAGAAUUCUUACCUCUUGUGACUAGGUUUGUGGCAGCUCCAUUUAUGGACAGGAAUGUACAAGCAGUAAAAGUGAAACAGAUCAGGGAUGAGCUAAAAAAAAUGGAGACUAAAGCAGCAGAUGUGAGCAUCACAGAAGGUAAUUCAUGCAGUGGUCCUUCUUUCAGGGAUCUACAUGUAGUUACAAUAAACAUUAAAUAAUCUUGGACUAUAGAGGCAGUUUGUGCAACAUCACUCUUGUGCAAAUGCUUCUCUCUUCUAAAAUAUGUUGUCUGCAAUGUAUAGUGUACAUGUGUGUCAUAAAAUGGUUUAUACUAUCUAUUGUGGUGCCUUAACAUAGAAUGAUGUAGAAUGAGAAAAAUGGGAGCAAUUAUCUUGUUUAAUUAACAAACUUUUGAGUUUAAACAAUCAUAAAUAAUUAUUAUAUUUUUGAUUUACUUAUUUACUUCUUAAUAACAAUAUUAUAAAAUAUCAUAAGUGUGAAGUAUUCCUGUCAUAAUAUUGUGUACACUGGUCUACCAGGUAUUCUUUAUUUGUUGACCUCAAUGGUUGACUUCCUGAUGUUGCUUCCUAAUCAAUGCUUUGGAAAUCCAAUUUAUUUAUAAACAUUAAUUUUUGUUUAAAUAUGCCUUUAUUUCAGGUAUUGACCUGAGUAAAAAAAUGCCAAAACCAAGGCUUAGUGGAGUUGGUGUGGGUAUGUUGAGAAUUAUUUGGUGACUCUCUUUAUUCACAUGAUGCAAACAAAAUUCCUUGAAGGCUUAAUUCUGGACUGAUACUCACUUGCAGUUUAUUCUUUAGAUGAAAUGCAUGUCUCCAUAAACGUGAUAUUUUUUCCAAUCUGAUUUUGGUAAUUGAAAUAAACUCAUUUGAAAUCAAGUCAGCCAGGAAGAUACAAAAUAACUUGUAUUAUACUAAAGCCAGGAUUCAUUUUGAAGCAGCUGUGUUCACUUUUUAGUAAUUUUCAUGACUUAUAGUUGGUAAUAUGAGUGGGUAUAGUAAAAAAGGUUGGAAGUUUCAUGCAACACAGCUUCUGGCAUCUCUGGUGCAGUUUUUUGUUGCACUUUCUCAAUUGUUGAAUUUAUUUUUUUUUAGUGGAGAGAGUCACUUAUAGAAAACUGAAGAGAAGAGCUGUGAUAUUGGAAUACUUGGAAAAGAUGAAAGUGGUUGAAGGAUCUUAUCCAAUUCAAAAGGUAACAUUUGGUUGUAAUACUUUUUAAUAUUAUUCUGUUGGUGAAAUUACACUUGGAGUAAUCUAUUUAUAUAAUUCAGCUUAGAGUACUUUGUCUUAAAGGUAGUUUGUGCAUAAUUGUAAUUGUCAGACCUGUACCUAAGUGUGAGCAGCCUAGCAGCUCACUUGACCAUGGUUCAUGUCACAAAUACAUAAUUGCUUGAUAGGAAAAAAUAAACCAUUUGCAAAACCCCAUCUUUUCUUUUUUCCUCUGAGGACUUUUUAGUGCCUGUUACAUUUGAACCAUUUUUAAUCCUUUAAGUGAUAAACGUGUAACUUCUCCUUGUUAUUCCCGUAUGUUAUCUUGCAAACAGGUUAUAAGAAAUAAACUUAAAAGCCAAUCAGUUCGAGGGUAUUAUUUUGAUGUAACACUAUAUUCUCCUGUCUAAUUGUGAUUGAUUUUUAUUUGGUAAUAGUAUUGUAUAAUCAGCAGCUUUCAAAUGAUUCAUGUGGUGUGUUUGGAUCAUUUCGGAAAUUUUGUCUAGCUACAUGUUCAUAAGCUCUUGGUUCUAGUUCAAGAACAUGGACAUUAUUAAUUCUAUUAGCUCAGGUGAUUUUAAAACAUAUAGUUCUAUAAGAAUGGAAUUUUUAAUGACUACACGAACCAUUUUUUUUUUUCAAGGCUGUGAUAACAAGUGAAGAAGAAGAAGGUCAUCAAGGCCGAAUUGAUAGAAAGGUGCUUAACAGGUAAAAAGAAUAUAACCUCUUGUUAGUCUUGUAUAUUUUUGGCUGCAUGUCAAUCACCAUAACAACCUGUUUGUACAGACACCCAGUUUAUGGACUCUCAUGUGUCAUUUUCAUCCUUUGGUUUAUCUUAGGUUCAGUUGUACUAUGGAAAAAGUGAUUUGGUAUUAUCAACUGAGUUGAUAACCUAAAUUGGCCACCAUUAACCCUUUACAUUCUAAGAGUGACUUGCAUUAAAUUUCUACCCACAAUGUCAUUCCUGAAUCACACUUUAAGGUCAUGAGAAUAAAGGUAAUGAUCACCUACAAAAGGCUUUUGAUUGGUAAACAAAUUCUCCUUGUCAGCACCCUUGGAAAUGUAUAAAGAACAGUACGGAGAAUGUGCAUACUGAUUUUAGGGUGUAAAGGAUUAAGAGUUACAAAGUUGAUGUUUCAAGUGUCAGCUUCAAAACUCUUAAUGGUAGCCAAUUUACGUAUCAACUUACUUACAUCUAGGAAUGCAAGACAUGAUGUUGUGGAUUAGUUUGAGAAAUGUUCAACUCUGUUUAGAUGUCCAGUCUAACAAUGCUUUUUUCUUGUACAGGAUUCUUGAUGACCUUCGUGCUCAAGGUUUGAUCAAACAGCUCACAACUGUGGUGCAACAUGGAACUCUCUCACAAACGGUAGAUUAAAAAUUGUACACUUAAUUACUGCAAACAAGUGGUGUGUUAUAAUUACACAUUCAAGGAAAAGAAUACUUUCACUGAUAGUGAAUUCAACUUGAAAUUUUAGCCUUAUGUUUACAUGUACAGGAAUGUUCAAAUUUGAUUUAUUUCGUGGCUUUUAAGGAUUUUAUUGAGACUUUACAGAUUAAAGUUCUAAUUGAGAUUUUUUAAAGCCAUGACAAUUUUAUGUGAGGUGGCUUUGGCCUACAAAGUUUCCUUCUACUAAGUUUUGUCCAGUGCAGAGAAAACUUAGGGAUACAAUAUUUUGUUCAUACUUAAAAAAAUUUAAUGUAAAUCAAAGUGAAUAUUUCAUUUUUCAUGGUAUGAGCUGAAAAUCCUCUGUCAAAAAUAGGUGGCUGGUUUUUUCCUGUAAAUCUGGUCAAGAAUCAUUUAUUUGUUACUGUUCUUUAAGAUUAGUGGUACAAUGAAAACCAGUCUCAAUUGCCACUUCAUCUAAAACUUUUAAAGUUUCAACUACAGUGGAGUCAGUACAGGGUAAUAGUUUCUUUUUAAGUGCCCUCCCUCGAUUAGCCCCCCCUCCUUCCAAUAACCCCUCCUUAAAACUGAAAUUUUAAAGAAACACGAGGGGGAGGGUAAUUUGAAGAGAUAUGGUAUUUACUUGUAUCUAGUACAUGACAGUGUUAUUUAUGGGGUAGUUAGGUAUUUCUCUAUCAGUGUCAUAACAUGGAUUAUAUAUGUAUGUUUCACAGGUGGACCUGUUCUUACAUUCAUCCAUCAGCAGUAAUGACUCUGAAGUUGCAGUUAUGUUGGAACAGUGUCGUGUUAGACUUAGAGAUCAGAUGUUUAAAGAUGCAGAGGUACAGUGCACCUGAUCAGAAUUAGCUCAGCCAUAAUUGCUAGACAUGCAAGAAGUAAACAGUGGUGUGCUUCAGAAAUUUUAUUCUUGUUCCUAUGAAUCAACUAUCAGUAUGUAAACCAGAGUACUGAUGUCAUACUCUAUAUCUGAAUUUGUUCAUUUUGCAUGUAAACCAUUUUAUAAUACUGUAAUUCGAAUUCCAGUAUUACAACACCUCUAUGUUGACCUUUACCUUUAAAAAACCUUGCUGUAUGCAAUAAUUCAUGCUCACUUGCCUUUUUUGCUUACUGUGUUCUCUUAAAAAGAAACAAUUGAAGGUACAAACAAGCAAAGUUAAAAAAACUUUGUAAAACGGCGAGCUGUUACUAUGAGCUAAAGCCACUUUGAUCAUAAACUCAAAGAGCAGUUUGAAUGAUUAAGCCUUGCGGGGCCCUGUCUGAAUAUGAAGCAUUAUUAUGAAUAGAAGUACAUGUAUGUAAGGAAGCUUCUUGAAAAGGCCAUUUUUCUCUUAAGGAAGGUGAAGUUACCAUUUGAUGCUGUAUAAUACAGAAGAGAAACAACAUUUAAACGUUUUAGUGAAUAACAUUCAUAAAUGUAUUUCUGUUGUAUUGAUAUCAAUAGAGAGAGGAAAAAGCCAGGCAGAUCGCAGAAGAAAAAGAAAGAAAAAAACUUGAAAAAGCAGCAUCUGUUGAAGAAGAAAAGCAGAGGAAGAAAAUUGAAAAGAAAGAAAAAGAUGCACUGAAGAAAGCACAACAGCUUCAUGAAAAGAGUGACUCAAAGGAAGACAGUACACCAACAAAACCUCAAUUCACGGUACAGUCUGAAAUUAUCUCAUGGGGGUGCUGUAAUUGAGCCGUGUUCAAUUUAGCGUUGAAAGUAAUUCACGAUUGCUUCGGUUUUGGUCACCUUCGCUCUGUGAUUGGCCCGGACGACUCGUGCCAAAUUUUCAACCAAUUAGAUUCAAUCACAUUCAAAACUGAAUUCAAUCACGAUCUCUACACAUGCGUUUUCCCGCGUUCAAUCAGUUUGGCGUUUUUACUUGGAGUCCUCAUUGGCUGAUGGUGAUAUCAUCAUUUGUUCCGAUUGGCUCUCGUGAUUACUUAGCUUUUGACUUUGAAAUUCAAGUGAAAGCUGCCUUAUUUAGAAAUUUGAACUUUCAUUGUGUAAAGUCAAGUACUUUUUUUUAAAUUUACAAUAACGUUAUUUUUAUUAACUAACUCGCUCCUUAAACUAAAAUGAAAAGCUGUGCUCAAAACUGACUGUAUUUCUACAGUCACUCUGCAUAAUUGUAUAGAAUGAUCAAGUUGUAAAAAUUAUAGUUUGGUAUGCAAUCUAAACCCAAAGGUUGGAUGCCAUAGCUCACGCACAAUGCUCUAGAUCGCGUGGCAGCAAUUUCUGGGAAUGUGCAUCAGUCCUUUUUUCCUCUGAAGGGCUAAUGCUCUAAACAUCAGCUUUAGAAACUGUUCAUGGUGGCCUAUUUACACGAUCAACUCUGUUGAUAAACCAAAUUAUCUUGUAUUACCAUCGCCGACGCAGCACCACAGUUUCUUUAGAAACUUACCCCUUUGAAAAUAGUUUAGUCAUGUAAAUCAAAGGGGCUUCUGGCCUAACUGGCACUUAUUUCCUUGUACUCAUACCUCGCCUUGAUAUUUUUCCUUUCAGCAUUCAACUCAAAAGUAUGGCCAUUUGCCUAGAUUUCCAAGACUACAGUUGAUUCAUGAAUUAUUAUGGCAGCUUGUUUAUGGUGAAGUUUCAUCAGACACAAGUGAUGUGGAUGAGCCUGGAGCCAGUGACACUCAAGAAGAAGCGUUAUUUGAGAGUGACGAUCCAGCAGCAACAGAGAAUGAGGAUUAUGAGUGGAUUAAACACUUAAAACCAAUGAAUAAAGUGUGUGAUGAGGCAGGAGAGCCACUUCAAGGCUGGUUUCGUUUGGCUGAUGUGAUGCCAGUGAUGCCUUUAAACAUACUUUGCAAAACAGUUGAUAUAACUGAGGAGGUAUCAUUGUUCUUUGCUCAUAUUUAAUUUGUUAUUGUAGAUGUUUUUUUUUAACGAGUUAAUUGCCGGGUCAUUUGCAAGGCUAAUCAAAUCAGUCAUCUUCUUUUGCUAUUCUUAUUGAUAAAUACGCCGCAGAAUUCCGGCGGACGUAGAUCACGUAGCCCUACUCGAUGGAAACUAGUUACGUAAUGUCAUGCUAUGUUUCCAUGUGCAAUAUCUCCGAAUUUAAUGAUCUGCUGCUUAGAUUUAGGGCAUUUCAAAAGAGAUAUCCAAACCGGAAAGUUUCAGCGAAGUUAUUCGUAGCUAGCACUUUCGCACCUAGCUGCUCAUUGCCUCGGCCACAAUCUUUUUACAUAACUUAACCACGCCAGACAAUAAGCGGCGUAAGUAAUGAAUGAAGAUGCUUUACUAUUAAUUUAUGCAAAUCCCUUGCAGUUCUGGAUUAUCCCCAGUUCACUCUUACAUUGAGGUCUAAUGAGCGUUCAUCAGAGAAACUUUUCGUUAAUUUAAAAGAUUAACGUUUCUUUUUGGUCUUAGGUGGAAGGUUUUGAUGAAUAUGCUUUUGAUCCAGUGAAAAAGUACACACUUUUCUGUGAUCUUCCUCAGCAAUUAAGGAUCAAACUUAAGGAAACUCGGUAAGAAUCCAGCUAUACUUUUGCUUUUGCACAUCGAAUAUACCUUUGCUGAGCCAUAUUUUUUCUAGAAGUAGUGUGUAUAGGGUCAAUCUUAAACCUUCCUACUUUGUAACUACCAUAAUGUUGUACUUUAUUUUAGAAUGAUGGUUACAGGACUGGUUGGAGUCCAGUUCGAUCUGUAAUCAUACGAGAGAUUUACAAAAUCGGACGACCGCGAAGCAGGAGUCCGAUUUUGUAAUCACAUGUAUGUUUACAAACAGAAUUGGAUGACACAACGUCCUGUUACCAAUUAAUCAAAUCAAUUACAAGGGGUUUAUUUACUAAACACAGAUCAAUUGCAAGCAUGGCGCCUACGAUGUUGUAUUACAGUUGUGGUGCUUAAAUCAGGCUUGUGAUAACCCGUCAUAUUCACAAUUUUGUGGUAUUUUUGAUCUUGUGGGAAUUCCCUCGAUAUCUCUGUCAGGACCAAACCUAAAUUGUCUUUGUAUGACUAAGAUUGAAUUAAGUGCAGCUAUCAGAAACCCAAGCAAAAAAAUCUCAGGCAUUUAUUGAUUCGUGGCAGUAAUUAGCUGCUUCUCUCAAAAAACAGAGAGGAGUGUAUGUUGUCGCAACGAAAGAGGUGUUCCAUUUGUCCAUACAUUGUAGAAAUGUUGUAGGAGUAAUUAUAGCACACUCAUGAUUGAUUUGAAUUUUAGGCGAUACCAUCCAGCACCACUUGAGCUUCUCUUGUGCCUGUGUCAAAUGGGUUUAGUCACUCCAGCUAAACCAUUCCCUCACAGUUUUAACCAUGUAAGUGUCAUUGCUAGAACACGUGUAGUUGCGUGUGUGGGUUUACCAUCAACAUUGAAAAGUUUGUAAGGUUUGAAGAUGAAUGAUGUUGAAGAUUUCCAGCUUUGCUAAGCGAAGUGAAUAUUGUUGAAUAAUCCUCGAGACAAAGUCGAGGGGCCGGGUUAUUCAACAAAAUGUACUGAGCCUCAGGCGAGUAAUUGUUUUAGUAUAAUUGCUCAGGUUCUUUAGAAUUAUGUUGUAGAUUCUGUAACUAAAGAAAGCAUAGUGGAUAUUUUGUUAAAAUUGUGUCGAGCAGAUAAGCAAGCUGUUUUAACAGGUUUAUUUGAUUCAAUCAGCAAAAACUAUACACCUUACUUUUGAAGAGUGUUUCAUCAAGCUCAGUAGCAUCUUUUGUUGUCCUCGCAAUUGAAUAUUCUUCUGUUGCGUUUAUCACUUUCUUGCGUUUAUCACUUUCUUGCGUCACUGUUUUGACAAAGCGUGUGGCAGCCAUUUUGAAACUUUGCGACCCUGCUAUAAUUACCUCGCGCGAGGUGAUUAUAGCGAGAUCGACGAUAAUCGUUUGUAUUACUUUUGCACAGUACUUUAUGUAAAGACAUUUCCUGGAAGUAGCUUUUAUUCGCAUUGAAUUGGCUUCUUUUUUAACUUGUUUUCCCAUCCAGAUAAGAAUGUUUUUGCACAAGGGCACAAGACUAUUGGAUACCACAACAUCUCUAAAGAACUACAGGACUGCGCUUCCUCCAGCAGGCAAACCGUUUGUAUCACGUCGUCACAUGUUCUCGAACACUGUGGCUGUCAAAAAUUUCUGGACUGACUUGAAAUGUGUUUGUCUCAACACACCCUUAGGUAAGUUUGACAUACUUCAAAGGAGUUUACCAUUAAUUCCUUGACUUACUGAAUUAAAUUUAUCAUAUUCAAUGUAAUUAUCUUCAAACAAAACCAUGACCACUUUAUUCUUUCCUUCAAUGUUUGUUAAUUCCGGUCUGUAAUUCACAUUCUUUUAGUAGCUAUUAUUACCAGUCCUUCUGGAAUAAUUGUUGUUUUUUGGCUUUCUGGAUGCCCAGGUUAACACUUCAAGUUUAUUGGCAGUGGCACUCCGCCUUAAUUAGUCAAAAAGUAAACUUAGAAUUUAUUUCAACACUUAACAACUCUGUGUCUUUAGACCUGUAAAAUAGUCACAGUACCUAUUUGAUAUCCUCCACAAAACGUACUUUAGAGUAGCAAGUGGACAAUUAAAAGGAUAAGUAUUUCACAUCCCUAAUGCCAUUUUCUUCGUUCACACUCCAAAUUUCAAUUCCAAUUCCACCUGAAAACAGUGGAUAAGAAGGGCGAUGUAGUGCAAUGUCCAUCGCUAAAUUCCUAUUUAUUUUAUUUAUCUACAUGCUGAGUAAUCGGCCAGGCAAGGAUAAAGAAUGGAAAGGAUGAUUUCUCAUACUAAUUCGCCCAAAUUGAAUUGUAAAGUUUCCAUACUCUCUAAAAUCCCUGGGAUACAAUUUAUAUGUGCAAUACUUAACAAAUAGAUUCUGUGACCGUGCACCUGUUCAUCCGCAGAUCUAAGAUGAUCUCAAAAUGUGGUAAGAACAAACAGGGGGACCCGACGUUCAGUCGAGUUUGUCACUUAUGUUCUCACCACGGGUUGAUCUCUUCUGUGAUCUGCUACUGUGUGCGACAACAGAGACAAUAUUUUUUUUGAUUACAAAGCAAACAUUUGGUAUUGGUGACGUCAUCUAUGCGUCUAUUCUCCAAUAGAUCAUAAGUAAGAACCAAUCAAACUGCGUGCGUAUUUUAGCUUAUCAUAUAAACAGUAAUUGUCGCUAGUUACAACAUUAAACAGUUCAUGUCUCAAUAUCUCAGGUGUAGUGAAGGUCGAUGAAGGAGCUCCUGACCAAAGUAUGUCUUCUAUGAAGAACAAAAGACUUUUCCACUUCGCUCAAGAAGAAGUAGAUGAAGACAAAGUGGAUCUUCCCCCCGGAGAUCAGCUGGGUGCUGCUGGUCUGGACAGGUGUUUUUUCAGUCAUUUGAAGAGGAACUGGACACGAGUAAUGACAGCGUCAACACGGUUAGAAAGUCAUUUAUACCUCUCUUGCAAUAAGUAAUUACACAUUUAGAAUCGGUUGUUGAAACGAUUUGGGUCGCAGUUUUUGACGAGCAAUGGACGUAUAAAGUUCCUCUUCGGUGGGUUUUUUUAAAUAAUUGGAUCUUUCUUUUAGUUUUAAAUAAAAGACAUUUUGACAGUUUUGCAAGAACUUAACGUUAAGGUAACUUUUUUUGCUUGACUCGGCCUUACAUCCGAGCGGAUUUAGUAAGAUUUUUAACCAUUUCGCUGGGUUCAAAUAGAGAAGGAAGAUUUCAAUUCAACAAACUUUGGAAUUUAGCGAGCCGUACAGUGAAAUACCGUCCGUUAAAUAUAGACUACGAGUAGUCUCUCCUUCUCAGUGAAGUCUAUCGUGUGAUUGAAAAGAAAUCAGUAAAACCUAAUUAUCUUAUACUCCAUUCACACAAAAAGAAGGGAAAAUGUUUAGAGAAAAAGAUGUUUGAGACAAAAAGUAAAAUAUUACGUAUUUUAGGAUAUCGAUUGUGGGGGGAAAAUCUUGAAAGCUAGGAUGAUAGAAAAAUUAAGUAUUGUUCAAAAUUCCUCAAAUUAGGUAUAAGGUAUAAUAAUAGAUGUUAAAGUGUAUUUAACGCUCACCAUUUUCACUUCCGUACUUAUUUACAGGAAAAUACCAAAAGCAUCAGCUAGUGCAGCAAGUGAUGAGAGUGUUCAGAACACUGAUGGUGCUGGUAACCAAGGAGGAAAAACUUUCUGGAGCAUCGGAAAACCUGAAAUGAAACAGCAAGCACAUAAAGAAAAGAUUAAGCAACAGAAAAAGAAGCGUAAAAGGAAAACAGAUGGUAAAUAUUAAACAUUAUAUUUAAAGAUCUUCUGCUCAGGGAAUCCUAAAUUGAUCGUCAGUUUGUUGAAUUUGUCCUCUAAAGCUAACCUAAAGCUUUCCUUAUAGCAUGGCAGUAGUGUCAUUCCCAACUAACCCUUUACACACUAACUUCAGUAUGCAUAUUCUCCAUACUGUUCUCUGUACAUAUCCUAAGGUACUGACAAGGAGAAUUUGUUUAACAAUCAAGAGCUUCUUAAGUUGGUGAUCAUUUUCUUUUAUUCUGGUGACCUUUGUGUUUGAUUUAGGGGUGACAUUGUAAGGAGAAAUUAGAUGUCAGUCGUUCUUGGGGGUUAAAGGUUUGAUUAGUCAGUUAGUCACCAUGCGGUUUUUUGUGCUUCUCACCACAGAUAUACAAGAGGGUGAGAAAGAACUUGCCAGUGCGAAGAAAAUAAGAACUGUUAACUCCGCUGAAAAGAAACCAGCUGGAAAUGCUCGAGAGAAGACGAAAAAAAAAGAAGAACAUUCCUGUAAAACUGGCCAUCUAAGUAUGUUGACUGAGAACUACUGAUCACAGCGUUAAUGCCACUCGUGGUUUCUUUUCUCUAUAUUUUUCUCAUUCAUUUUGAGGUGGUACUUGCAGUCUGUGGUUUCACAGGUGUGGUUUAUUCACGAUGUGCACAGGCUUCUCUCUAAAUCGCAACUGGAACACCAAAACAAAACAAAGACUUAAAAUUCAUUUUUCGCAUUAUUUUUCUUUUCUUUUUUUUCGCCACUGAAUAAAUGAAAUAUCAAUACUGACCAAAAGUCUGGAUUAAGGCAAUUACAUUAUGCGAUUUUAAAACGAAUGUUAUGCAACUAAACUUUGUAUUAUGCAAAAUGGUCUGAAAUCAUAUUUUUGUGGUUUCAAACCAAAUAGCUCGCCACUCAGUUGAAUUACCACUAUAAAUUUGCUUGAAACUUAUCAUAGCAAGGCAGAUUACGAUGCCUACAUCGCUGUUAGGCAUCGGCGGUGUCUGCAUCACCAGUUAAUGUGGCCAUAAAGUGUCUACUCAAAUACAAAUGUUUGUGAACAGUUUUUAUCCUACUCUGCCAUCACAGAUGCGAUCGAUGACGAAGACAGGAACAUUUUGGCCAAGAAAGUAAACGAAAGAAUCUCAUUUUCCCAUGAGGAGGACAGCUGGGUACAGUUAAUGUUCUUUCAGCGAUUUUUCUCCUUUUAACACUAUGUGUGGUUUUUAAGAACAACAAUCCUGUUUCAAAUGUUUGCAUUUAUCUACUUGUUUUGUUGUGUGUAGCUACUACUGUUCCGAGUUGCGCUUGGAAUGAUGAAGAGUGAAACAUCACGGUACAAUCCUUUUGUUUGUAUGAGGAACAUCUUGCACAAAGAAUGUGCGGUUAGUAUGCCUCUGUUAUGUAUAAAAUGGUUAUUUUGUUGGUGACAUUUCUCAUUAGCAAACUGCAGGGAUUUUGUUUGAUUAGGGUCACUAAUUUCAAAGGCAAAUUGGAAAAAGAAAAAUUGAAUGUCAGUUGAAAAGUUAACCUCCUUGCGUGUAAAUGAACUGUUUUUGUGUCUUAAGUUUUUGCUGAUUUAAAACUUUGGGAGGCCGUAAGUAACAGUAUAUUAGAAACUGUUCCAAGGGCAUAAUGCUCAUCCUCUUUUUACAGUCAAGCUUUGACAAGACGGCCCCCAAUAUUCAGCGCAGAAUUUUAAAACUGAUGAAAAGUCCUCAGUCACAGAUGACUGUAAAGAUAUGUUCAGCGGAGUGUGCACAUGAUGAGGUUAGUAUCCUAAGGCUUAUCUUAAAGUAGGGAGAGGCAGGGUUUAGGUAGUGCACAGGCAAAGGGAGAAGUUCUACAAGACUGCAACUUCAGUACUCCCCAACGCAUGUUGAUAUUUCUUAGUCAGAGGUAGAUACAAACACAAACCAGGGGGGGGUGGGGGCGGGGUCAAUGAUGUAAGAGCUCGUGUACAAUAGGCUGUGAGCUGUUUUGAUAAACUUAAUUAGCCAUGCGUGCUGCUAUUUCAGCUUUGUGUUCUACCUACUUCAAAGGAUAACGUAGCAAGUGCACUGGAUCUCGCUAAAGCAAAGGGAGAUUAGAAAUAUCUCAUUUUAAUUCGAAUUUGGAGUAAUUAAAUUUGAUAUCGUCUGAUUUCAGUGUUUAUUCUGAGAUUGUUUAGAGGUAUGUUUGAAAAGGUAGAUAGGUACAAUGGCGGACGAGUAGGAACGUCCGGUUGUUAUGAGAUGAGUUGAUAGAUACAACUUCAGUAGGUCAGGUGAAUGCAGGAGACUUUUAGAUUAGAUGGAUAGUUACUUUGACUGAUUUUCUCUGAGUGCAUAGGCUUUAAUUACAAACAUUAUUUACCUGUACUUAUCAAUCAAUUAUCUUCCCCUUAACUGCAGUCUUUCAAAGGACUUGAAGAUUCAAAUGCUGAUUUUGAGGAAAUGUUUCAAGAAAUUGUAAAGAGAUUAAGGCACAAGUUCAGGUAUAAGAGAAACCCGAAAUACGCGCAUCCUAAUCGUGGUUCCAACCACUUGAUGUUAGCCAAACAUGAAACCAGCCGUUUGCUUUUUGUGCAAUCUUGUUAAUCCGACUAUUCCACCAUAAAAACCAAUGAGUGGUAUAUUUUUAGCUCAGUGGAAUGACUAAGAAUUCUAACCUUUGGUCGUUUUUCGCAAAGAGAUACGACACAGGUUUUCAUCUUAAGAAAACUAAGCUCGAGUUUCAUAAGUUCGCUAGUUGCUUUCAGUUUGAAUCGUUUCCAUACUUAGUUAUCCUUAUUCCUGUUUGGUUUAUUACAACCUUUUUUGUGAUUUAGUCUCCUUCAAAAAACUGACUCAAAAGUCCUUAACGUAAAUAUUUCAGCUUAGGAGGAUUACUGUAAUUCUCCUCGCUGAACUAUUCACAAAAGGCCAUUUAAUAUUUUAGGAUCUUUUACAGUAUACCUUUCAAAAGUCUGCUGUCAGUACAUAGGUCCACCAUGUUACUGAGACUUUUGUUUUCCUGGUGUUAUGAUAUUCGUGUAACUGUUGUAUCACCGCAUGUAAGACAUACAAGAUAACCGGAUCAAUAUCAGUAUCUGGGCAACUGCCCACCUAUCCCUCCCCUAACCCAACAUUAACCUUAAAUUGUUGUCAAUUGACUGUUGUUGAGUUGGGGGAGGGGUAGGUGAGCAGUUGCCCAGAUACUGAUAUUGAUCCAGAUAACCAAACCUUUUUAUUUUCAAGUUGUUUUACAAUGACCAUUUUGAGUAGCGGAAGAGAUUAGUUAAAAACUGAGCAUUGAUUGAGAGGUGUUACUCAUCUGAAAGACCGUAAUUAUAUUGUCGGGAACCAUGCUUUUCUACCCUCGUUAUACUAUGAAAGGUUUCAAAUUUACAGCAAAUGCGACUGUAUUAGUUUAUCGUAUGGUUAGCCUUAGAAAGAGCAACUGCUCUUUUCUCUUGGACUCUCUUUACAAGUCAACAGGCAGAUGAUAAAGGUAAAAUCCGUGUUAUUGGUUCUUAGUUUUGCUUUUUUGCUUCCUUGUUAAAGCUCUUCCAGUUUAGUUUGUGAUGGAAACGUUACGUUGGUUUCUUCUGUCAAAGAACUUUAUGACAAGUACAGAGUACAGGUCAUGGCCUCUAAGCAGGUCAGUAUUAAUCCAAUGGGGACAAAUGCACGUCAGUAUUAGUCCAAUGGUGAUAUAUGCCCCAGAUGAUCACUGAGACAUUUUGACUCGGUGCAUAUAACUUAACGUAUUUAAAUUCAUUUGAAUUUAAACUGUGAUAGCAUAGUCUAUGUUGAGCGUUACGUUAUAAGAUACAUCAUGGAGCGGGAGCUAAGAUACACUAAAUGCCACGAGAAAUGAGUGAUAAUGAAGAUAAAGAAGUAUAUUACUCCUCCAUUUAUUCAAAUGAAUGGAUUGAGGAGAUCCCGAGGACAACCUCCCUUUGUAACACCAUAUGUAGUUAAUCUGUAUUCACCCUUUAAUCCCUAAGAGUGACUAGCAUCCGAUUUCUCCUUACAAUAUCACCCCUGACUCAAACAUGAAGGCGUCGAGAAUAAAGGAAAUGAUCACCAACUAAAGAAGCUGUUUAGUCAUUGCUGCAUGGUGGCGCUGUUCACUGACUGAACCCUGCUCUUACUCCGCCGGCAUUGUUUCAGUUUCAGACAUUUUCUCCAGAUGACAGUGUUUUGUUGCUCGGACCCAGUAUCAGGUGUGUCAGUGAUAUAAACAAGGCGGCCAUUAGAGAUCAGAUUCAGGUUAGUUUAUAAACUUUAAAGUAGGUUCAACAUUAUAUAUUUAAAUGAAGGCGACAAGAGCCACGUGGCUCGUAGCGCAUAAACUAAGAUUUUUCAAACACGAGAAGGGAUGAAAGAGUGGUUUGCUCCGGUUAAGAUACCAGCGGCGGAUAUUAUUCUACUUUACAACACUCCCAUUCAUACUCAGUUGAAUUAAGAUGUGGGAAUGAUCCCGCAUGUUCAAGGUCACGAGCUAAACGAUGAGGGUAGGAGGUAGAGCCACUCUCCUCUAGCCUAUGGGAAAAUUGAGUGUGAAUGGAAUGGACGAGUUUUCCAGGUAUUUAUGUUAACCUGUUACGUAAGCGAUGGGAGGAGUUCUCACCUAACUGUUAUUGCGUAAUUCAACUUUUCAUAUCAUUAUGAACAUUGUGAAUACCUUCCUGUACAGUUGAACGCACUGAAAGUAAUGCCUUAUGAAAGUCAUUUAGACUAGUACAUAUCGUUUCUGAUAAUUUCCUAUCUUUGAUAAAUGUUGAUAUUUGAUAGUACUUUUUUCUGAUCUUGUGUAUUCACUCAAGAACAGUCUGGUCUUCUGAAAAGACAGUUAGUAAAGCCUGAAAUUUACCACAUACUUAUUAUGCUGAACUGAUCAUCUGUGUGCGUUCCUUUUGUAGAUCGCCUUCACAACGCCUCAAGAAUCAUACGAUGCCUACAGAGUUUUUCAGAUGUUUAACUCAUAUUCAAGGGUAACUUAAAUCAAAUAGAAGGAACUUGGGUGUCUAGUAUAAUUUCAAAGCUCACAAGGCUGAUUUCCCUAGGAGCGCAGCUCCCCCCUCCCUCCCAACUACCCAAAUAUCAACCGCCCCCACCCCACUUCAAAAACACGCGCUUUGUAGAGUGUACAGUCGACUUCCGUUAUUGUGGAUACCCUCGUGGGGAGAUUUAUUGUCCGUUAAAGCGAGAGUCUGCAAUAGCGGGGUACGAGAGAAAAAUAAAUUGUUUUGCAUCUAAACGUGUAAAAUAAUAUGUAACUACGCAAACGUAAAUUUUCUAACGUGGUCUCAUGACUCGGAGAAAGAUCCGGCCACAAGCAGGAAAUUCUGACGUUCGCACCCAAUUGUAGAACGGUUUCUUUAUUUUCAUUUAUUUUAAUGUCGCUUUAUAUUAUGUGAGUCAGGAUUUUGGAAAAGUAAUGAAGUGGGGGGGGGGGGCAGGCAUGAAAGUGCAGAAUCUGUAAUAACGAGUUUAUUUCAGUCAUUUCUUCAUGCGUUUCGCCAGGGGUGGGAAUAUAUGUAACGGCGUAAUAUGUGACUAACACAGGCUAUAGACUGUGCGAUUUUACGCCACUAUCUGAGUCGGUAUAUUAAUUAUAAUAAAUUAUUAUAUAAUUAAAUUGUGUUAACGGCGUUAAAUCUUAUAUUAUACAUUACCGACUAGAAGAAAUUGCGCCGUUAGUUACUGGCGUAAAAUCUUACAGUAUGUAUACACUACCGACUGAAUGAAAUUACGCCGUUAGUUGCCAGUCGGUAUUACAUAUAUACUGAAAGAUUUUACGCUUGUAACUAACGGCGUAGUUUCUUUUAGGCGGUAACUUAUACAUAAGGUGUCCGAUAUGGCAGAGCGAGAGUCGACUGUAGUUUUAGAGAAGAUUCAAGGCCUGCUUAUUCUGUGGACAUAAAAUCACUGGUCAAGAGCACGAUUUCUUGCACUUGGAAGAUUGCCUCACAAGACAGAAGCUAUUGUUUUUAUUAUUUUAAUUUGGUAGUUCACAGGAACCUUGUAAUACUUAGACGGAUCACCAUCAAAGAAUUGACUAACAAACUUAUCGUCACUGAUUCUAGGAAGAGCUUGAAGAUGUGUUUAAAGAGAUGCAGAAAAAGAAUCUGGUCAAUAGAAAGGUGACUAAUCAAUCAAUCAAUCAAUCAGUUAGCACGUUAGUCAAUCAGUCGGUAAUUGACUUUUCUCAUCAUAACACGUUAGGCUUCUACCCUUUGGUACAUAUGACAGCCGCCGUUCUCGUUGAUGUAUCAACCAGAUGACUCUAGUUCUACCAAUAUUGUUGUAUAAGUUGACAUCGUGGAAUUCUGAAUGUUAGUCGGUCCACUUCAACACAGACCUAUUUGAGACGCAAGUAACUGCUGUAAAUUAAGAGAUCUUUUUGCUUUGUAGUUUUCACUCAGAUUUAUUGUGUUUAUGACCAAGUUGAAAAUGAAAAAAAAAAGAAUAUUUUUUCAGUUGAUUAGCAGAAAAAGACCCCGCAAAAGGCAACUGAAUCUUCUAUCCUGUCACCUUUUGCGUCUCUAAAAUACUUAUUGCUAAUCCGUUUUGCAUAAUGUUAUACUUUUGUUUUAUUAACAUUUUACUCACUUGCCUUUUUCACAGAAAUCGAUUGAAAACCCUGGUUUUCAGUUCACUCGCGCGUUACCAUUUGCUUCAAUGACGUUUCAGCUUAGUUCUGUGUGAGUAAACUACUGUUAUUUUAAUCCGACUUUAAAGAAUGCGUUUGACGGCACGGAAGUAAAGAUUAUGAUACUAGAUAAUGAAGAGUGGUGACUACAGUAAUAAGAUAUACAGCGUUUAAUAAUAUCUACUUAAUUACUGAGUGAGAGGGCUGGACGGGAAAAUAUUUGGCUCAAGUUCAUGACGUAUACGUAGAAACCUCCCGUAACUAUGCACAUUUGUCAACAAUGAGCAAAAUUUAAUCAUUUAGCAUGUCUUCUGAAGAAUAUAAAAUUCGCUGCGUCCAAAUGGGAUUCCAGUACAACUGCACUUCUCAUUUAAGGGUGUGUGGUAUUUCUCUGUGACCUCACACAAGCAAAAUCAUAGGAGUAAUAUUUCUUCUGUGAAAGAACUUUCUCACAAUAGUUAAAUCUACGCUUUCCAGCCCCUGCAAGAGACCUUGGCACGGCAAAAUAUGACCAUAUAGAAAGGACACUUUGUUGAACUGAAAAUUUGUAAAGGAAACAAAGGAAAGUAAGGGUAUUGUUAAAGAAUAUCACUAAAAAUAUUUUUUGAUCUUCCUCUACAGGUAUCAUCGAUUAUUCAUGCAUGGCUUUAAACUUGUGACAUUCUACAGAGACUGCGCUCGCUUUUGGAAACAGCUUGUGAAAGGAGAACAGCACAAAUUAAAUAAAGAAGAAGACAGUGACACCAGGCUGGAGCAAAAAGCAGCUUCUCUUACCCCUGGUUUAAUAGAAUUCAAGCAAUCACGCGCACUCGGUGGACAUGUCGCUUGCAUCCUGUCUCUACUCACCACCGACAAGGUUUGAAUGGAUUAUUUUUAGAAAAAUAUUUAACUAUUAAGUGUUUAGAUCGCACGUGAUUGGUGUAAAUCCGUCUCAUAUCUGAAUGUAAUCAAGCUAAAACUGACAAGUAUUCAUGUGAUAUUCCCCAAGAAAUAUUCCCUAAUCUUGAGACCGUCAUUCAGAUAUGACAGUCGUCUUAAUAUAAGUGAUAUAAAUCUGAAUCUCUGAGAAGAUUGGAGUCAUUCGAGACUCCGGUCGCAUUCUCCAUGUUAGAGUUGUUAGGUGAUACUUAUGUAGUGUAGGGACUCCCUUAGGGGUUUAAUUAGCAGCCGGGAAGCGGGUAGAUCUGUACCGUUUGUUAUGCGCUAGCAACCUGUUUGUAGCCUUUACACAAAUGUCAUUGUACUACGAACAUAAAUGUAAAUCUCUGUAAGUUCACUUAAAUUGGUUGACUUUGAAGAAAAACAAUGGAACGUGGAGAGGAAUGCACCCUAAAAUGUUGUAAAGAGUAGCUACAAUAAUCUAGAGCUUUAAAAUUUUAUAGGGGAGCCCAGGCACUCCAGGCCUUGAAAACUAUCUGCCUGCCAUGUCAACCACCCGUUUGUACCAUAUUUAAUGAAACCACUGAGACAGAGCCUCCUAUGUGUUAAGAUAGGCCUUCAACAGCUUCUCUGCUUUUAACCGCCCUGAGUACACUUUAAUUGGUGUAUUUUUUUCUGUUUGUUUUGAAGUUUUCUUUUCUCUGCUCAUGUUUGCAGUUAUCUGUUGAUGUGAGCAUUCCUGAAGAGGUGUUGAACUGUGACUCGUCAGGGCUAUCAGAGAACGUCGAGCUACAGUCAAGUCAAGCCACUGGUGGAAGUGGUGAACCAGUGUCUAAGGUACAUGUUUUUUUACGUAUGGCUGAAACUUCUUUUAACGCUUUAAAUCUGUAACCCUCAAGAGUGAUUAGCAUCUAAUUUCUCUUUACAGUAUUACCCUUGAAUCAAACAGGAAAGUCAUGAGAAUACAGGAAAUGAUCACCAACGAAAGCAGCUCUUGAUUAUUAAACAAAUUCUCUUUUUCAGCACCUUGGGAAAUGUAUAGGGAAUACAAUGGAGAAUAUGUAUACUGAUGUUAGGGGGUAAAGGAUUGAUAAGGGCUUGGAAAGAUCUUUUAAAUUCCACAGCUUCCAGACCAAGGGAUUAGUCAGUUUUGCACUAACUACACAUUGACCACUCCCAACUCGGUGAAAAAAGUUGGUUGCUGUUUAGGGAGGAAUUUAUUUUUGUUCUGUCUCUUAAAGGACGACGCCUCAUCAGAGAGAGGUAAGACAAGAACUUCAGCGAAGACAAGAACUCCUGGCAGUGCUGGAAUAACAGAGAAGAAUCAGCCGUCAACAGCCCAGGGUGCCAUGCCAAGUAAGAGCAGUAAUACGGUCGAGUCAGCCCCAGCUGUGAAGCAGUCAGCAUCCUCUUCCAAAGCAAAAUCCUCAGAGAAAAUUUCAAAAGGAAAGCGGCUCAAAAAACGAGAAGUUUUUACCUUGAGGAUAUCAUCAUCAUCAACUGCAACAAGUUUCACAACUCCAUAUGAUCUGACAGCUGUGACGGACUCAAGCAACUACUUGACAAGUUACGCUGAGGAAUGUGAGGGGCAAUGUACCGAAAGACAGAGUAGUAAAGUAUCCACUGUGCCGGUGGCAUCUCUGUCCUUCAGCGGCACAUCCCGCUCAUCAAGAACUGCACUGAUGUUGGCUCGGGGUGGGAAGGACCCAUAUGCAUCCAUGAAUCAGCUCUCAGCUAGGGCUGUUAACACUCACGACUUCAUGACUUUGAAUCCAUGCAAAAAUGUGUUGAAAUUGAAAGGAGACUCUUCGGCAAACGUAGCAGUUGAUAGCGCUGCUGAAAACAGACCCAGUACCUCCGCGACCUCUUCUGACGAAGGGAUUUCAGGGUAUAGAACUUAUCCCGUUACUGUUUCCGUGGAAUUUUCAAUAGACGAUUAUGUUAAGCUCAGUAAGGAAGAACUGGGCUUCACCGAAAUUGAUUUAGUAAUGGCAAGAAUCAUUUACGAGGCUGUUGAAGAGAAAGGAGAGUUUGGUGUGACUGUGAAAGAGUUACAGGUCUGUUUUACAGUAUCAUUGUUCUCUAGUUAAUCAAUUAAUACAAAGUCCUCCUUAACCGGUCACAAGAAGAGCUUACCACUUUUUAUUUUGCUGUAACAGUCCUACACGUUUACGAAAGGCUUGAACCCUCCGAUUUUCAGAUGUUCAAUUAAUGGCAAAUGACAAAAUUAAGGUUACAAGCUCUCAGCUCCUAUUCGAAAGUGGAAAUAAUUAUAAUGAAAAUUUGUAAUGGUUGCUGUUGUCCGUGAGUAUUUCCAGUGCAUUACAGACUUGGUUACUAUGACCUUAGUGGGUUGCUUAAUGUUUGUCUUUCGUCUUUAGUUAAAACUGCAAGAAAGGAAGUGGGUAUUACAAACAUUCUAAAAUUAUAAUAUUUCUAACGUUGAGUGCAAUAUUAUUUGAGAAUGAUUCACUUUGUAAAGGAAGUUUGUUUUAGAAAACUCCAUAGGGUUUUUGCUUAAUGUUGGCGCGCGCGCGAAAAUUUUAAGUCAAAAGCCAUCAAAAGGCCACGAGCAAGGUUCGGACUAUCAUUUUCUGUAGUAUAUAUUAUCAAAAUGAUUUUCGUUGUUAAGUUAAGGCUCCACGAAGGGAGGCGCUCACCAGCGAUAAUUUGGCUUUGCCUUUGAUUUACUUCAGUUUACUUCGUGAAAUUUGCCCUGCCGAUCAUUUAAAAGCCGAAAGAAAUAGGAGUUACAAAGGCAGUUUCCUCACUAUUUGGUAUUUGCAAGGUCUGUUUUGCAUGUUGACAUUUUAAAAGCUCGUGCCAUGUUCGCACCCAGAUCUCGCGCGGUCAAAAAAUCCUAUGGAGCCACCUUAAAGGAAGAUGUUAUUCUUUUUGUCACAGUAAAGGGAUGAAAAUUAAUUCUACUAACACGCACAAAGUUUCAACAUGGCUGUUGUGCGAGCCUACUCUAGGACUUAGCUUCCAUAGAGUUUCCUGUAGUUUAUUGGCAGAGUAGUAGAGCGCGGAUUCCAAAGGCUUGGGACUCGUUCCUUUUGGGGAAUCAGAUUUUUUUCUAUUUCCUACCUUGUGACGUAAAGAAUCACAUCUUUCUUUUGUCGAUGAACGACCUCAGGAUUUUCAAUCUUUCUCUAACUAUUUACCUUUGGGUUACUCUAGUGGUAGCAAGACGCAAUCCACCCCUAUUGGCAAGUAAAGCAAAACCAAUGCAAUCUCACAUUUCUUUCGACGCUCAAGUAAAAAUAGUUCUAUACCUGAAAGCAAUUGCAUCUAUUACUGCCGAAAUAUUGCACAUAAAUCUUGCAUCUCCGAGUUUGUCAAUUAAUAACAGUCUCAAAUCGUGUUUUCUCUAUACCUGCUUUUCUAUUACCUUCUUUGUUUUUAACAUUUAAAAUUAUUUUCCUCUAGACGAAAAUCCUGGAGAAACACAAACAUGAACUAACUUCAUCACAGUAUUCUCUUGCAAAACAUGUGACGUACAUGUGCAAAGCAAAACUGGUAAGUAUAUUAAGGGCAGUAGUAAUAUAAAUGCACUUAAAAAAACGUCACAUAAAUGUGUUCAAUGGUCAAACUAGAGAGACUAAAUAGAAAGUGUUCUUUCUCCGCUUUAUUUGUUUAUGUUUGAGCCAGAUUAUUAUCUCAAAUCAUGAUGAUUAUCUAAGAUUUCAGUACAAAAGAAAGUCAAAUUCAAUGAGUUUGAAUAUGUUUAAACCAAGGACAAGUUUGAAUCGCAGUACGCACAAAUAAAUGGUUUUUUGGUUGUUAUAAAGAAACAAACAAAAUUAAACAAAGUAAAAAAUAAAAACAAGACAGUGAAAGAAGCACAGGUACAGCUUCGUCUCACUUCAGUGGUUAUUCCCCUAAACUUUCAUUUCAGAAAUAUUUAAAGGCGUCGCUAUCACCCAUGGCGUUAUCAUCUCGUGAAGUAUGAUUUUUUUAAAUUUUAGCUUUACAGAGUUGGUUUGUUUGAGGAAUGUCUUGUCACUGCAAGCUUUGUAAAACCCUGGUGUGUGACUGUCCUCAAGGUAUUUUGUCGCGUCUUUUUAGCUCAGAAUCGUUCCUUUAAAAUGUGGCUAUAAUGACAAUGUUUUCCUUAUUUAACUGUUUGCCUUGAGAACGCAUUUCGUAAAACCAGAAGUAGAGUAAUCACAUCAGCCAAUUAGAGCAAAGGAAGAUAUCACAACGAGCCUAUGAGAAUUCAAAAUAUAGACAAGCAAUGUAUCUGAAGCACAGGAAAACGCUCUGAUCAAGUCGCGGUCGGUUUUAGUUUUGACUGUGAUUGGUUAAAAAAGUGGCGCGACUUCUCUGGACCGAUUUUUAGAGCAGAAAGAGGAAAUCCAAAGCAAUCCUGAAUUACUUUCCACACCCAUUCAAAAUUGCUCAAAAAUUUAAGCAGAUUUUUGCACCUUUUGCUUUAAGCCCAAGGUUUCUGAGCAAUUGCAAAUAGAGGUACCCAGACAUACUGAAGACGUUACAACCGCUGGGAACUCUUUGUCAGAGGCUGAUGUCUCGUUAAAGCAACAAGAACUUACCAAGGAAGACCAAGAUACACGUGAAGAAACGAAAACUAACCAGAAUAAUUCUGAAACUGAAAAAUCAAAUCCUGCCGGUCACCCAGAAACUAAUAGUGGCGCUGCUUCGAUUGAUGACGCUGAUCACCUUGAAAAUACUGGGCUUUGUAAAGGAGGGACAAACGAGACAGCGGAAGAAGGGAAAAAACCGGAAAAAGGAAAGAAAUACAGAAUCAAGUAAGUUUUCUUUGUUAAAAUACAGAUGAUUUUUGUCUUGCAGUUUUUCGUUUUUGUGUGCACAAGUGUUAGAAGGGCCCAAACCUGUCCAAGCCCUUAUCUUUUUUUGUUACUUGCAGAGUAAACAUUAGGCUAAGGGUAAACGUUCUGUCAAUGAAGUAAAAUGCAUAAGGGUUAUUUUGAGUGAAACUCUUAUAGAUUUUUUACCAUUUUUUACCAGUAAUUAUGAUCAAUAUUCCGUGGUGUGCCGCCCAUGGAUCACAAUUGAUGGUGACACAAGUCAACGGCUAUUGCGCAUGUUUCGAGAGAUGGUUCUUAUGUUGAUUCUUGGGAAUCCUGGGAUAUCACAGGUAAGGACCUCGGAACAAUGAGCAUGAUACGUAGCAAUUAAAUAUCUUGUGUUGGGAAUUAGAAGUGAUAACAAGUAACAAAUCUUACGAGUUUUAGGCCAGUUAUCAAGUGCGUGUCGAAAAACCAAAACCAAAAGUAUCCCAGCUGAUAAAUAGGACAAAAGCUUCCUUUAUCACUUGCCAGUGAGAACUCAAAAAUGAAAACAAGCAAACUGCUUGAAGCGCGGGAAAAUGCGCCUGACCAAGUCGCGAUUGUUUUUAGUUUUGCAUCUGAUUGGUUGAGGGGAUGGUGCGAAUCUUCUGGACCAAUAACAGUGCGAAGACAAGUGAAACCAAACCAAUCCUGAGUAACUUUCGACACUUAAUUGAAAAUUGCUCUGACGUAUUGAUAACACGUGUUGAUGUUGGUAAAAAAUACUCAGGCUUCCCAAGAUAGACCAGCAUUUCAAGUUAAUUAUUACAAUAUUUGGUCUCGUCAUUUUUCCCAUUAAUCCUGUGUUUAGUUUGCAAGCACUAUACUAAUUUCUUGGUUCAAUCGACUCUUCAUUUUCUUUUCAAUUUCCAUUGGAGUAAUCGUAGUCACAACAAAGUCGGCGAGGUGAUCUCGUUGUUGAGGUAGUUGCAAAUCUGUCCAUUCAAAUUGAAAAGCGGUUUAUGAUAAGUUCUUUUGUAUUCUAUAUACAAGGCUAAAAGGUUAAAAAAUUAAAAUGUUUAAACCAAACGUUUUCGGCUGUUUGCCAUCAUCAGGGUUUUUUUUUUUUUUUUAACCCUGAUGAUGGCAAACAACAGAAACGUUUGGUUUAAACAUUUUAAUUUUUUUAACCUUUUAGCCUUGUAUAUAGAAUACAAUUUACAAAACGAACAUUAUGGACAUAAGUUCUUUUGUUUUUGUUUUGUCUUCAGAGCCAGAUUGCUAAGCAUUUCUUUGAAGCCUUACGGCCAGUCGCAUUGCAAGAUAUACUUGAGGUAUGAAUAAAGGGGGUAAGUUUCUAAAGAAACUGUGGUGCUGCGUCGGUAGGAGAGUAUAACAGAUAAUUUGGUGUUAACAGCUGAGUUGAAAACGUAAAUUGGCCACCGUAAAGAGUUAAAAGGCUGACGUUUCGAGCGUUAGCCCUUCGUCAGAGCGAAGCUGCUGACAUACUUGAGGUAUGUCAGCAGCCUCUUCAUCAAGUUUCCUAUUUUAUGAUUUUAGCGAACCUCUUCCGUUAGAAACGUAACAAUGUACAUGAAAAAAUCGCGCGCUUCUGAUUGGCUGAAAAGAGAGCAUUCUCAUGUAACACGAAUACAAAAAUGGUAACACAAGUAGCGCGUGCACACUUUCAAAAUUUCGCCUGUUUUGAUUUUCUGUGAUGUUUUUUCAUGUACAUUAUUAACAAGCAAUAACUUGGGAAUAAAGACUGCAAAUUGCACUCGCCCAUCUUGUUGUUGUCUUUGAAAAAUUUACUCGUACUUAUUAACACCAAAUUGCACCCGAAAUUAUGUUAUUACCUAUACUCAUUUUUCAGAGUCUUGUGUUGGAUGAAUGUGUGGUAAAACACAGCAGAAAGCUACCACCCAAAGUUUCUCUUUUCUCUACAAGCAAAGCUAAUGGUAAGUUUAUUUUAUGUCAUCACAUUUUUUUAUAUUAUGUUUUUUUUUUUACUUUCAAGCUUGGAAUAUGAUACAAUAGUUGGUACAUACCAGCUACUCCGUGUAAUAUGUUUCACUUAUUUUAAUGCAAAUCCUUAAUUAUCUUCAGAUGAGCAAGAGCCCCAACACUUUAAUUGAGGGCUUACUUGUUUUCUACUGUUCUUCGGUAACUUCUGGAAACCUUUUCCCCUUUUCUAUCUUAUGAAAAUUUUUACAGCUCAUAUCUUCUGUUUUUUCUUUCUUUUUCCUAACCAUAAAGAAAAUCGAGGUUGUUGAAAAAGAGAAUCACUUCAGCCAAAAUUUAUCUUAACCCUUUAACUCCCAUGAGUGACCAAGACAGAAUUUCUCCUUACAAUAUCAAUACAAUAUCAAGCAGACAAGUGAUGAGAAUAAAGAAAAUUAUCAAUUUGGGGAUAAUUAGCUGAUCCAAUACUAAAUUCUCUGAACUAACAUUAUAAGAAUUGUGUGGUUAACAGUAAGGAGAAUGAAAAAUUUGAUCUGGGAGUUAAAGGUUUAAAGAGAAUUGGAGAGAUACAGAAAGGACGAGAUUUAAGAUUGAUUGUCUCAACUAAAUCUUAGAUUUGCGUUAUCAAACGUUUUGCGCGCAUCAAUACAUGGGAAAAGCAGUUUUCCCUGCUACAGUUCGGGCUGUGGUUGACUUCGUGUGGGUGGAAGCUGGCUAGGUGUCCAAAGAAACUGGUUGGCGAUGGACUUGAAUUAACAUUGGCGUUUAAGGUGCAUUUGGUGUCCGUGGUUUUUUUGUUUUGUUUUGGUCUUUUUUGGUUGCAAUUGCAAAUUCAAUUAGUACGAACUGCAGGAUCUUUAAUUAAAGUAUAUGAUUUAAGGCCAGAUCUGCUUAAAAAAUGGAUGCAUGAACGUGCGAACGAGGGAACGAACUUAAGACUGAUGAAUGUUAUUGACCCUUCAUAACUGUCUUAUUAUGGUUGCGUUGUAGAGUCAAGUGAACUGGUGACUUUUUACACUCCAACAGUCGAUUGCAUUCUGAAGUUAGCCACAAGCAAGCUGACAGGAUACACGUGACACUUUGACGUCAAAACUGAUUUCAUGUCUCACAAUGCGGUAAACGUGCUCUUAAUACUUUUGGUUACCAUCACACUCUUCUACGGGUUUAAAAAGAGGAAAUUUGUCAUUUAUUGUGGACGUCUGGACCACUGUUGACGCGAACGGGAAGAAGACAUUUUUUCCUGUCACUUACACUCUGCCUCCAGUUAGCCACAUUUAGUUACAAACAAAAUUUUUACCUUUAUGAGGGAAACUAUGAUAUUUAUUUUAUGUCAACUAUGGCUCUAUAUUAGAACAGAAAUAAACAAUAG